AUGGCACGUCAACGCCACCUCCUCCUCCUCUUUAUCCACCUCCUUCUGUUCUCUUUCUCGAUAGCUGCUGACGACGAUGCCACCAUCAUGACUAAGCUUUUGAAGUCCAUUUUCAAUCCCCCAGCCACUUGGGGGGCCGAUAAACAUUUCUGUGAUUGGGAAGGAAUCACAUGUGACUACAACUCAUCAUCCAGUCGUCGUGUUACCUCCAUCAAUCUUUAUAACAAAUCACUCAGCGGAACCCUCCCACCCGAUCUUAACAACCUCUCACGCCUCGAAACCCUUGACCUUGUGUAUAACGAAUUUACUGGCCCCCUGCCUACUUUAGCUAACCUCACUCUUCUCCGGCUAGUAUACCUUUCGGGCAACUUCUUCACUUCAAUCCCUCAAGAUUUCUUUUCCGGACUUACAAAUCUCCAAAAUUUCUCCAUCUCUUUUCAAAAUAAUCUUGCUCCAUGGGUUCUCCCAGACAACAUCGCUGAAUGUACUAGCUUACGCUCAUUCGAAGCUAGUUCAGCAUCCCUCACGGGUUCCAUUCCCGAAUCUUUCACCAGCUUACCCAAUCUGCAGUAUCUCAGUUUGUCUUUCAAUGACCUCAGCGGAAGCCUGCCCUUCCGCUUCAACAACCUCUCGCGGCUCGAAAACCUUUACCUUCAAGAUAAAUCACUCUCAGGUCCCUUGCCUACUUUUUCUAACCUCACUCUCCUCCGGCAUGUAUUUAUCCGUUUCAAUAAGUUCACUUCAAUCCCCCCCGAUUUCUUUCACGGUCUUACUAAUCUCCAGGAUUUUGAUAUCUCUGCCAACUCUUUUCUGGCACCAUGGUUUCUCCCUAAUGACCUCACUCAUUGCACAAACUUACAAUUAUUUUCUGCCCACGGGACAAACGUAAUCGGUUCUAUUCCAUACACUUUCGACGGUCUCUCCAAUUUGCAGUUUCUUGAUUUGUCCGAAAACAACCUCAAUGGAAGCCUCCCCUCCCAACUCAACAAGCUCAACAAUCUCAUCAAAAUUGAUCUCAGUAACAACUCAUUCUCUGGCGCCUUACCUACUCUAUCUGACCUUGAUAAACUCGAAACACUAAUCAUCGACAACAACAAGUUCAAUUCAAUCCCCGGGAAUUUCUUCUCCGGUCUCACUGGUCUCACAUAUUUUGAAAUCUCUAACAAUUCAAAUCUGGAGCCAUGGGAUCUCCCAAACAACUUCGGCGAAAUUUACGGAUUAGAGUCAUUCAUAGCCGUUAAUGCUAGCAUAACCGGGCUCAUUCCAGAAUAUUCUAACGGUAGUAGUUUGGAGACAAUACAUUUGUCCUACAAUAAUCUCACAGGAGCCAUACCUGCAUCUUUUGCUAUGUCGUCGAUUAGCGAUCUUCAGCUUGACAAUCAGCUUCAAGGCCUUUCUGGUACACUUGAUAUAAUCUCUUCAAUGUAUCAACUUAGGUAUGUUCAGUUAGAAGCUAAUGAUUUCAGUGGUCCUAUUCCUGAUAACUUGACACGUUUGCCAUAUCUUCAACUACUUGAUGUGUCACACAAUAAUAUCUCUGGAUAUAUACCUAAAUUCGAACAUAACGUGACGUUCUUAUAUAGCAAUACAUCAAUACGUAAACAAAGUUCUAGCAGAAAUAAUAGUUCAUUACGCGUGGUUAGUGUAAUAGUUAGUGUUCUUACUUUAGCUGGGAUAGUGUUGCUCGUGUUUUACAAGUAUCACGUACUUUCUAGAAAAUCACGCAUUCCAAUUACCGGAAGUCAUGGUGAAAUACCUAUUUCUGAAAAUGGCAAUGUGAUGGUUUCCAUGCAACUACUUGAGCUAGUCACUGAUAACUUUAGUGAUAACAACGUCUUGGGGAGAGGCGGAUUUGGUACGGUUUACAAAGGUGAGUUACUUGACGGAACUAAGAUUGCAGUCAAGAAAAUGAAAUCUGAUGUGAACGGAGCAAAAGGCAUUAAAGAGUUCCAAGCAGAAAUUGGGGUACUAACGAGAGUUAGGCAUAGACAUCUCGUUGCUCUUCUUGGUUACUGUAUUAAUGAUAACGAGAGGCUUCUAGUGUAUGAAUACAUGCCGCGAGGCACUUUAAGUCAACAUUUGUUUAAGUGGAGAGAACAUAAAAGUCAACCUCUCAGCUGGAACCAAAGGGUUUCAAUUGCCUUAGAUGUGGGAAGAGGGGUUGAAUAUAUGCAUAGUUUAGCACAACAGAGCUUCAUUCAUCGUGACUUAAAGCCUGCUAACAUUCUUCUUGAUGAUGACUUGAGAGCAAAGGUUGCGGAUUUUGGUUUGGUUAAGAAUGCCCCUGAUGGGAAAUACUCAAUAGAGACAAGAUUGGCAGGGACUUUUGGUUAUUUGGCCCCAGAAUAUGCUAUUACCGGGAGGGUGACAACCAAGGUGGAUGUUUAUGCAUUUGGGGUAAUCUUGAUGCAGUUAAUUACUGGCCGAAAAGCAAUAGAUGGAAGUAUGCCGGAUGAGAGAUAUCAGUUGGUUACAUGGUUCCGAAUGGUCCCUAUCUGCAAAGAAAACAUGAUGAAAUUCAUUGAUCGGGUGUUUGAUACCGAUUCUUGUGAUACCCUUGAAAGUAUCUUGAAGGUGGCUGAGUUAGCACAUUAUUGUACUGCACCUGAACCAUUUCAAAGACCUAACAUGGGUUAUGUAGUAGCCAUGUUGGGUCAACUUGUAGAAGAAUGGAACCCCUCUCGACACAAAGAUGGUAUAGCUUAUGGCCACAAGCACAAUAUGAGCCUUCCGGAAAUGUUGCAAGACAAUGAGGACACCACAAGAUUGCUCAACCUCUUUCGGUCAAACUCUUUCUAA